CCAACCCAACUCACCCACCCAGCCCACGAGACGAACCGAGCCAGCAGGCCACGAGCGCCACCAUGCGCCGCGCCACGGCCGCGCCCACGCGCUGCGACGCCGACGCCGACGCCGACGCCGGCGCGCCCCCGCUGCGCCUCGUCUUCCUGCCCUUCCUGUCGCGCAGCCACUUCGGCCCCGUCGCGGCGAAGGCGGCCGCCGCGGCCGACGGAGGGGAGGCCGCGGCCACCAUCGUCACCACGCGCCACUUCGCGGCGAUGGCGCCGGGGUCCGUGCCGGUGCACCUGGCGCCGUUCCGGUUCCCGGGGGGCCACGAGGACUUCUCCCUCCUCCCGAGCGAGGUCUCCGCGCCGGCGUUCUUCGCCGCCGCCGAGGACGCGCUUGCGCCGGCGCUCGCGGAGGCGGUGCGUGGGCUCCUCCGCGAAGGGAGCUCCGCCGUGGCCGUCGUCUCGGACGCGGUGCUACACUGGGCGCCGCGCGUGGCGCGCGAGUGCGGCGUGCCGCACGUGACGUUCCACACCAUCGGCGCCUUCGCCGCGGCCGCCAUGGUGGCGAUCCAUCGACACCUCCACUUACGCGAGGACAUGCCGGACCCGUUCGGCGUCGACGGGGACUUCCCGCUCCCCGUGAAGCUCCGCGGGUUGCAGGUCAACGAGGAGGCUCUUUCUCACCUCCCCCUCUUCCGCGCCGCCGAGGCCGAGAGCUUCGCCGUCGUCUUCAACAGCUUCGCGGCACUCGAGGCGGACAUCGCCGAGUACUACCGUAACCUGGACGGGUCUUCCAAGAAGGUGUUCCUCGUCGGCCCAGUGGGCGCCGCCGUCUCCAAACGCGGCGAUGGCACAGGCAACGGUGGCGUCGAGAGGGACCCUAUCCUUCAGUGGCUCGACGGCCGGCCGGCGGGGUCGGUGGUAUACGCGUGCUUCGGGAGCACGUGCGGGAUGGGCGCGAUCCAGCUCAGGGAGCUGGCCGCCGGCCUGCGCGCGUACGGCCGACCAUUCCUCUGGGUCAUCCCGACGGCGGCGGAGGUAACGGAGCAGGAGGAGCGCGCGUCCAGCCACGGCAUGGUGGUGGCCGGGCGGUGGGCGCCGCAGGCGGACAUUCUGGCGCACCGCGCGGUGGGCGGCUUCCUCAGCCACUGCGGCUGGAACUCGACGCUGGACGCCGUCUCCGCCGGCGUGCCCCUCGCGACGUGGCCGCUGCGCGCCGAGCAGUUCCUCAACGAGGCUCUCCUCGUCGACGUGCUCCGCGUGGGCGUGCGGGUGCGGGAGGCUACCGCCAACGCGGCCCCGGAGGCGGUGGUGCCGGCUGAGGAGGUGGCGAGGGCGGUGGGCAGGCUAAUGGGUGACGGCGACGACACCGACGCCGCCGCCGCGAGGAGAUCGAGGGCCGCCGAGCUCGGCGUCGCGGCGCGCGCGGCCGUGGCCGACGGCGGAUCGUCGUGCGGUGACUGGUCCGAGCUGAUAAAUCUGCUCAAAGCAUUACAACCUUUAGCGCACAAACGAACCACAUCCUGAUCAAACAUUUGUUCAAAAAUCAAACACAUGAAUCGGAAGCCCCUCGGUCUCACCGCCGGCGACCGGCGUGGACCAGGUGAAGACGAGAAGCAAAGCGGCAAGCAAGGGAAGGGACCACGACGAGUGUGAUCGCAUCAGGUCAUCUCCAAAGACAACAGUAAAGAUAACAUAUUAUCUCAAAGACAACUUCUUCAAUGGUUUAACUUUUAGCAAGUAGCUCAUAAUAUAAAUAAUUAUAUAAUUUAUUUUCACUUGAUAUUAAAAUAUGUAUAAGUAUCUUUCAUCUCUCUUCUAUUAAAAAAAUUGUAUAAUAUAUCUUAUAAAUAAUUUAUAGAUACCUAUUGAAGAUGGUAUCUAAAUUAUAGAUACCUCGUUAAGAGAUAGCUUUCAUCAGGCCUCGUAGCGAUCGCCGCCUAGAAGUAACCGCGAAUUCCAUUUCUUCUGAUACUCGUUUUGCUUUGCUCAUGGUUUGGAAUAAUUUUCCCCAAAGUAUAACUUUGAUCUGGCUAUCUAAGCAAGGUUUGAGCCGUGUUUGUGUGUCUGUGUGUGUGGGGCACUGGCACAUGCUUCCGGCAGCUGCCUCGAGUGACGUGGUCCAACCAAAUCGCUUGCAACGAUGUCCAUGCCGCCGUCCAACAGCUCAUCUCCGGCGUGCCCAGCAUCAAACUAAUCUUGGCUGGCGGUGAAUACGGGGGACACAUUGCGACAGCAAGCUCGCAACUAAAUCAGAAUAGCCCAAGAUUCAGUGGGCUACAUGGAGGAUUGCAACUGGACCAUUCCCCAGGGAUUACACGUUUAUUACUCCGUUCAAGGAGGGAUUAUAUGCUGAUCAGAUGAAGCGAAUUACAUACUAAUUAAAGUACUUCUGCCGUUUUACCAGCACAUCGCUAGUCCAGCGGUCCAGAGCCUUACCGCAGUACAUUUUCAGGACAACGAUAAACUUUGUUUUGUCUAAUUAACAGAGCAUAGUUUGGCUUCACCCCAUUCUCUUCUUGAAAUGAGAGUAUAUUUUCCCUAAUAUAUAUCUCUUGUAACCUACACCGAAAGAUACGACGACUCGGGUAUUCUCAUACUACGUUAUAAUCAUUACCCCAUA